AUGCUCUUAAUCGCGGGGCUGAUGCUGUUAUUCACUGGAACACACGCGAUCUUCUUCGGCGGCGGUGGUGGUGGAGGAGGAGGUUGUUGUUGCGGUUGUGGAACUCCUCAGCCGGCUAGUUGUGGAUGUCAGCCGGCUGCGCAGUGUCCACCUCCAGCACCAUGCCCCGUGUGUGUCCAACAAUCGUGUCCACCACCACCUACGGCUUACUGUCCUCAAGUUCAACCCGUCUACGUACCUUGUAGUGGCGGUGGAUGCGGUAGUGGAGGAGGAGGAUGUUCGGGCGGUGGUUGUGGAGGAGGAGGAGGAUGUUCAGGAGGUGGUUGUGGAGGUGGAGGAGGGGGAUGUUCAGGAAGUGGUUGCGGAGGUGGAGGAGGAUGCUCAGGAGGUGGUUGUGGAGGAGGAAGUUACUCAGGAGGAGGAGGAUAUGCAACAGGUCCAGCUUCGGGAGGAGGUGGAUAUGCAACAGCCCCAGCAGUUGGAAGUUACGGACUUGGAAACUUUGCAGCUCCGCCACUUCCAGCUGCCAAUAGUUAUCUUGCUGGCCCCAGUCUAGCGGCCCCAGUCCCAGCACCCAGCGUAGCCAGUUACGCUACCGGUGGUGGUUACGGUGGUGGUGGAUCCUAUGUUACAGGAGGAGGAGGCGGAGGAGGUGGUGGUGGAGGUGGUGGUAGUGGCGGAUCUUAUAACACAGGCGGAGUCCAGUCGAGUGGGAGUGGAGCUCAGCAGUCCAUUGCACCUAGCGCUGUCACCUCUGAGCAAUACUUACCACAAUCCGAUGAACCAAAUGCAGAAGCUUCGCUUCCCGCUUCCUCUUCUUCGUCCUCAUCAACGUCAAGUAACUAUGCACCACCGCUGAAUGCCAAGCUUCGAUCUCCAGAGCUGCACGCUUGCGAACCGGCGAGAAUCAAGUACAUCAUAUUGAAAUCGAAGAAGGCUCGUGAUGCCGGAAACGAAGAAGUGAUGGAAGAAGCUGAAGAGGUGGACCAUCCCGCACCAGUCGAGGCUACAGCAUCGCCGUUGGAGGCAAGGGAGAUUGCUGAUGACAUUUCACGAAAUGUGGCCGCAGAAAAUGAGGAAGAAGAAACGCGAGCAGAUGGAACGCCAACGUUCUCAGAUGCGAAGUGUAACAGCAAACAGUUGCAACAACUGAUUUUGGACAACAUCGUGAGAGAAGAUGCUCUGGCUUCAAAACGAGCUAUACACGAAUCAUCGCUGAAGAGGUUCCCUGAAGCUACAGUAGAUGUGAUCUGCUCAGGGACAGGAUUUACGUACUUGGUUUCAACGACAGAGCACUGUGAAGCACAAAAAGACAGCGUGAUUUGUUUCGUCUACAAACGACCUCUUCUACGACAUUAG